ACACACACACAUGCUCUCUCAUGCAAAAGGGGGGUGUUUCCAAGUCGGGUGGUAUCCCAAUAUGUUCAUCCCUGUACUUCUCAUUUCCAGUUUAUUGAACAUCUGUUUUGGAUUGCUAUAUGCCUUUUGAUAUUUUUUGUUUAGCCACCAAGCUCCGUUGAGGGAAUGGCAAGAAAUGAUGAGGCUGUUACCACUCGCACCUUUUUAUUCUAGACACUUUGGACCGUGUUUCCCAAUGAGCAACUCAUCGGCAAUGGCUGGAUUUCGGUUGUAGCGUAUCUUUUUGUGUUGUGUCCCUCAAGUCAACUGGAUAUAUUCAAAGUUUUUUUUUUUUUUUGGUUCCAGCACCUGCUGUGUUCACCUCGCAAGCAACCAAUAGAAGCUGCUGUAGGUUUUUUUUAUGGAGUGUGAAAUUUUGGAGAUACGUGGAAAGUUUCAACGGGAAGACUGAGACAAACGCAUGAUGGAUGGACCGGCUGCAAAGUGCUGAAGUGUUCCUCCGUUCAAGACAACACAGUAUCUUCAGAGAUGACUACUGUGUCAAUGGAGUCUGUGGGAGUCCUGGUGGAAAGGAGCCCCAAUACCACCGACCCACCUCAGAGCUCUCAUGAGGACACUGCUGCCACCUUCACCAUUGGCACCAUUCUCUCCAUUAUGUGCCUUGUGGGAGUGUUGGGGAACAUUUACACCCUUGUGGUGAUGUUCCAUUCCAUGAGAAAUGCAGCGUCAAUGUACAUUUACAUCAUCAACUUAGCUUUGGCAGAUCUGUUGUACCUGCUCACCAUCCCGUUUGUAGUGUGCACACACUUCCUAAAGGAGUGGUACUUUGGGGACAUAGGCUGUCGGAUCCUCAUCAGCAUGGACUUUCUGACGAUGCACGCCAGUAUUUUCACACUGACAAUCAUGAGCACUGAACGGUACUUUGCAGUUCUCAAACCACUUGAUACAGUGAAACGAUCUAAAAGUUAUCGGAAGGCCAUCGCUCUGCUCGUCUGGGCUGCUUCUCUUAUCCUCACAUUGCCUAUGAUCGUCAGCAUCCAGUUAAUAACGGUGGACAACAAAGCCAUGUGCCGCCCCACCUUGUUACCUCUGUCCUACAAGAUUUACAUCACCUUCCUGUUUUGCACCAGCAUUGUUGCACCGGGGCUCAUCAUUGGCUAUCUAUACAUCCAGCUUGCUCGGACUUACUGGGUUUCACAGACAGAGACCUUCAAACAGACCAAUAAGCUCCCCAAUCAAAAGGUUCUCUACCUGAUUUUCACCAUUGUGCUCCUCUUCUGGGCCUGCUUCUUGCCCUUCUGGAUCUGGCAACUUCUGGAUCAGUUCCAUCCAUCGCUGCCCCUGUCCAACAAAGCCAAGCGCAACAUCACUUACCUGACGGCAUGUCUGACAUACUCCAACAGCUGCAUCAACCCAUUUCUAUACACUCUUCUUACCAAGAACCACAAGGAGUACUUGAGGAAGCACAACCGGUCCUGGUCAGCCGGCAGCUAUUUUAACCGGAGGAGUCGUUUUCAGAGCUCGCCACGCAGGUCGCCGUCCUUUAGCAGCCAGCAGUGUACAGAGAGCUUCAUGCUCACGCGCACAGCCUCCAUGCGUGCUCAAAACAGCGGUUUGUAAGAUAUGACGGGGCUGUGCUGAUGGAAGAAAAGGAAAGGACCAAAGACAGACAUGAAAGAAAAGGACCAAGGACAGACGGAUUUUACUAUCUUGGCCUUCACAAUACAGACAAAAUCAUAGGAAACAGGAUGAAUAGCAUGUACAUUAGCACAUAUAUAAUUAAAAAAAAGCCUGAAGCUUUCAGAGUCUGUGUACUAAAAUGAGUACAUGCAUAUUCAAUACCCGUAGUCGUAUCGUACCUUUCACCUUUCAUCGUACCUUUCCUAUGAAUGAAACAUGGCUAAUAUGUUUAUGCUAACUAUGUUUACCUUCUGUGCUUCUUGUUAUGCAGCAUGUGAGUCUGCAUGCAAAAUUGUCACAAAUUGUCUUUAGGUAAUUAAAGUUAAUUCUGUACAGAGUUACAACAGAAGACACAAAGUUGUUUUUGGUUUUUAAUUAGGCUGAAAAGACAUGUUUAUCCUAGUACUUAGGCGUCAAACAAUGCCACCAUUAUCCUCUUCAAGCAUAAUAAAGAAUUCCAUUUAAUUCAUCUAAAGAUAUUCUAUGCGAAAUCACAGUUAAAUAUGAAUAUUACAAUGUGACGUUCCAAGUGUUUAGUUAAGGAUUGCAUGCAUGACUCCUGUUUUAAAUGCAAUGUUUUAAUGUGUGUACCAUAAUUGUUUCGCAUAUCAUAGCUACAAAGGCAUAUUACGACCACAUUGAAAGGAAAAACAUUAUAUAUUAUUAUUAUAUAAUAUUAAUGGUGGGACUUGAUUCACAACAACUUGAUUUCAAAAAUGUAUGCAAUUAGUUAGCAGCUUUGUAAUGAACUCUUUGCAAUUCACAUUUAUUUAAACAGCAUUUGACACAUUUUUUUUUUUUACUUAAACACAUUGCAAUUGACAGACAUUUAUAUGGAUUUUAAUACAUUUUCAGUCAAAAAUAUAAAACAUUUUGACAUAAUUUUUAACAAAUUUUAACCUUUUAAAGACUCUUUGUAAACUCAAACAUUUAGUCAGUGGGUUAGUCAUGGGCUUACUUAUCUUGGCUCUGAACUCUGUGCUUGCUGCAAAGCAUAUUAUAUUUGGUAUUGUUGUCUUGGAGUGUUUGCAUGCUCGCUUCCAUCUUUCCGUUGUUUUGUUUUUAAAUAAAAACACUCUAAUGUUAGC